ACCACUUACCCACUCACCCUAAGCAGGGCCGUUAAUAGCCCGAAUAAAGGGGAGGGGGAGUGAAUGACCAGAUGGAAAUUUCCACCUAACCUCAAAUUACCAGGUGUACAGCCCUUCCCUCCUGCAGAGAUUUGCAUAUAUUGCAUUUUACUUCUGUUUCGAUUUCUACUUCUACUUCGCAUAAGAAAAAAAGAAAGCAAGAUGCCAGAAAAGAUUCUAGACGACAUCUCGCAUCGGAGGUACAACCCAUUGCGGGGUACCUGGCUCCUCGUAUCGCCUCAUCGCACCAAGAGACCAUGGCAGUAAGCAGCCGCCUCUCAACAGCUACCCUUAAUCAAGCCCUUCUCUCUUUUUGAAAUACGAGCUGAUAUAAUUCUGAUGCGUUAGAGGACAGCAAGAAUCACCGUCUAAAAGUACACUUCCUGAAUAUGAUCCUGCGGUAUGACACCAGAACCCCUCGAGAGAUCGAGAGAGAGAAAGAGAAGAGAAGAUUAUUGAUUCCUUUCCAAGUGCUACCUCUGUCCCGGCAACAAACGCGCGUCCGGCGAUACGAAUCCAAAGUACGAGAGUACCUUUGUUUUCGUGAACGAUUACAGUGCAGUGAAGGAGGUGCAGAAGGAGUAUAAGCAGGAAGAUGAUGCGAAUGGUUCGUUCGUUCUUCUUCCCCCAAUCAAUCCAUCAAUCAAUCUAUAACUCUCUCCAUCCCACCAUCCCAACCCCAAACCACAAAAUCCAAACUAAAAGCAACACCCCCAGACCUCUCCAGCCUCCUCCUAAAAGCCGAAUCCGUAACAGGAAAAUGCUACGUCCUAACCUUCGCCCCCUCCCACAACCUCACCCUCGCCGACCUCUCCAUCCCCGAAAUCCUCCCCGUAAUCCAAGCCUGGACAGCAAUCUACACCGCACACCUCUCCCCUCACUCCCCCUUAUCCGCCAUCACGCAUCCCACCACUCUCCCCCCAUCCGGAAUCACCAUCACACCCCCCACCGCGCAAUACCGCUGGAUGCAAAUCUUCGAAAACAAAGGCGCCGCAAUGGGGUGUUCGAACCCACAUCCCCACGGACAAAUCUGGACCACGACGGGUUUACCGGAUGAAGCGGCGCAGGAGUUGGAGCAGAUGAAGAAGUAUAGGCUUGAGCAUGGGAGCUCGUUGUUGGGGGAUUAUGCGAAGUUGGAGAUGGAGAAGAGGGAGAGGGUGGUGUUUGAGAAUGCGGCGUUUGUGGUGGUGGUUCCCUGGUGGGCGACGUGGCCGUUUGAGGUGAUGCUUAUUAGUAAGGGGCAUAAGCGCGCCUUGGUAGAUUUUGGGGAUGAAGAAAAAAGGGAUUUGGCGGAGGUGAUUGGGGAGGUGACGAGGAGGUAUGAUAAUUUGUUUGAGACGAGUUUUCCGUAUAGUAUGUAUCCCCUCUCUUGGUUGGAAGUUGUGGGUUAGAGACUGAUGAAGGAUGUUUUUUUGUAGGUUCUGGGAUCCAUCAAGCUCCGUUAGAAGGUACGGAUGAGGAGAUUGAAGCUUCGCAUUUUCAUAUGCAUUUCUAUCCUCCUCUUCUGCGAAGUGCGACGGUGAGGAAGUUCCUGGUUGGGUAUGAGUUGAUGGCUGAGCCGCAGCGGGAUAUCACGCCUGAACAAGCUGCUGGACGAUUACGGGAUUGUGGAGGACCAUUGUACAGAAAGCUGCUCUGAUUCUGGUCCCUUUAGACUCUUGCUCUCCAGAUCUCCGUUAUUAGACUAGAAUUAGAAAUUAGUUUAGGAUAUCCC